AUGUACCUGGAUUUUAUUCCUGUGACCUACAUGAUACCUCAAGACUACAACUUAUUUACAGAAGAGUUCAAAAGAAACCCCUCCUCUACAUGGAUAAUGAAACCGAGCAGUAAAGCAAGGGGCAUAGGAAUAUUUCUCAUCAACAAACUUUCAGAGGGCCGAUCAGGCAUGAUUGGAUCAACCCCAACAUGCAGCAGAGAUACUUACGUUAUUUCGCGCUACAUAGACAAUCCUUUGCUGAUUGGAGGAAAGAAAUUUGACUUGAGGUUGUACAUAUUAGUAACUAGCUUCAGACCUUUGAAAGCCUACAUUUAUAAAUUAGGUUUUUGUCGAUUUUGUACCGUAAAGUAUAACUCAAAUGUAACGGAACUGGACAAUAUGUUUGUUCAUUUAACGAAUGUAUCUAUUCAGAAGCACGGCGCUCACUACAAUAGUAUUCAUGGAGGCAAGUGGACGACCGAAAAUUUCCGACUAUGGCUAGAAGGAACAAAAGGAAAAGCUGUAUCAGACAAGCUCUUCGAUGAAAUACAUUGGAUAAUUGUUCAUUCGUUGAGAGCCGUGGCAAACGUUUUAAUUAACGACCGCCAUUGUUUCGAGUGUUACGGUUAUGACAUUAUCAUCGACGAUAACUUCAAACCAUGGUUAAUCGAAGUAAACGCAUCUCCUUCUUUGUCUGCAACCACUGCCAGCGACCGAAUUCUGAAGUAUAAACUAGUGAAUGACGUCAUCAACAUUGUUAUACCAAAUGGAAUUAUUCCUGAUGCAAAGGGAAGCAAAACUGUUACCAAAGAACAAAUGGGACUUUUCGACCUUCUGUAUGAUGAGGAAAAAAUGAUGGAAGAUUCAGGCAAUGGUGUACCUAAUCAAAUUUUCUCGAUACCUCACAGUUCACAGCCGACAAUUGCUACAAGUCAAACAGCGACGCUGAAUACUAAAGCACGUCGAGAUACAAAAAACACCAGUAUCUCUAAAAAGGUUUGA